GCGAAAUUUUCAACUUUAAAUGCAUAUAUCUCGAAAACUAUAAGUUUGCGGCGGCUAUAAUUAUAUAUUUUCUUAAUCUGGAGCAUCAGCCCUAUCCAACCAUACCACUUUUAACCCUGAAAUCGUGGGAUGGUAUACUAAAGUUUCCCCUAAAAUUGGAUAGUUGGAUAGGUGUCGAGCAGUUUAACCGGAAGUGAUUCUGUACUCUGUAUAAAAAUAUAACGGAAACAUAUAAAAAGAAUAAAUAGCAAUUAAUUAAUAAAAUAGAAAUAAAUAAUAAAACAAAAGUUUAAUGAAAAAAACUUAAAUUAAAAAAAAGGUCAAAAUAAAAUUUCAAAACAAAGCCUCGUAGUGGCUAUUUAAUGCGCAUGUUUAGAAAUUUAUGCUCAAUUUUUUUUUUCGAAGUAGUAGAUGGUAGAAGAUGAAAAAGGUAAAAUCGUUUGCAGCGAAUUCCUCCUAAAAGGGCAGUUUGGCUUGUAUUUUUGCAAUUUAAUUAAAUAAAGUGAUAGUAAUUGAAAUAAUAUUUAAUGUUCAAAUAAUUGUAUGAUAAAGCUGUGAAAUUAACGUCUUUACUAUACGUACAGAAUGUGAAUAUAAUUAUCAGUGAGCAUUUAAACACAUAAUAAUAUAAAUAUCCAAGUGCAUACAGUGUGCGUAAAAAUCACGUGAUUGUACUUAAACGUAAAGAAAAAAUCAAUUACAAAUCCCAAACCAAUAAUGAAUCAAAAUUAUAACUUUUGUAAAUGGUCUUAUAUUGAAAUGGAAUAAAGCCAGAUUAUGAGGUACCCGAGUACAAGCUUAAUUAGAGUUAAUUACCCGACACGUGAAUGUUGACGAUAAAAACUUAUGUACAAAAUUCCUAGCACUUAUUACUUAGAAGCCUUAAAAUGCUGAGUCAAUUACGGUUUUAUUGAAUUCGCUUAAUCUUUGAAGUUUCAACUAUUGAUGAGCCAUGCAAUCUGCUGCUGAUUGCAAUGGUACCAAAAGCAACAACAACGGUGUCACGACCACCACAAUCAUGCAAAGCGAUAUAACGAGUGCCGGCAGUUGCGACGAACUUUUAUCACAUGAUGUAACGUCACCCGGAAGCUUCACGCCAGCCGUUUUGCUAACCCCAGUGGCAAUGUUGGAGCAAACGAGUGUGCUGCGCCACCGUUUGCAAGUUGGCGUCGGUGUCGGCCAUAGCAUCGGGACCUCGGUAAUGAACUACGGUUGUCCGGCUACUGUAGGAACUACUGUAGCAACUAACAUGGUUGGAAGUUUUGCUUCACAUCCCAUUGAUAUGGUUGAAUAUCUUGGUAGCAACACAGAGCGUAUGUCUGUUACGCCGUCUCCUUCACCACAAGCAUCGCCGUCAAAGAGAAUAGAGAAAAACUCUGUCGUCAUAUCAACAAAUUCUACGUCGAAUACCACGCCGAAUACAGAAUUUAAGUUGGGGUCUGGGCAAUCCAAUAUUUCUAGCUCAAGUUCCAGGAGUAAUUCAAGUUCUAAUUCGACUAUAUCGUCUGUGAUCGCAACACCAAUUAGUAUUAAGCAAGAAAUGGCUCGACGACAAACACUGGUUGUGGAAAGCUAUGUCGAUGGCUUUAAUAUUGACGCUGGUUCUACGUUCUCGACAUCAGGAGAUAUAUUAGCUUUAAAUGGCAAAGAACGUGCCGAACACCGAGAUGUACUCCCUAUUAGAGGGCUUCCACCACACACUGCAAACGAGGAACAUUUAGGAUUAUACACACCAACAACACCAUUGACACCGCGGUCGCCACCGUCAUCGCCACCAUCACUGUCAUCAUCAACAAACUCGUUAGCACCUAGUAUGAAUUCGGAAAGCACAUCGAUCGUGCAGUCAUCGAAAAGUUCAUUAAAUCUAAAGUCGCUCGCAACAACGAAAUCACCCGCAUUCAAUUCCACUAAGCAGCUACAGAAAUGGCAGGAUAUGCCAAAAUAUUUGCAGUUCAAUCCAUAUGUGCUGAACGGCUACCGACCCCUGACAACAUUCCGUGGAUGUCUGUGGAGCUUGUUCUCCUGGCACAAUGAAACCGUUAAUAUACUCACUCAUGCCAUUCCGAUUUUCUACAUUUUGGCAAUUGUACCGGGUCUUAUGCCAUGGGAACAGGAAUACCGCUUUUUAUCAUUUUGCCAUCUUUUCGGUUCGGUAGCUCCAUGGUGCGGAAGCUUUAUAUAUCAUCUCUUCAUGAAUAUUGAAAGUGGAGAACACGUCUACUACACUUUACUGAAAUUGGAUAUGGUCGGAAUAUGGGUCAGUCAAAGUUUUGGUGCUUUGCCGCUUGUCACAGCAACAACGUUUUGUUUUAGUCCUUUUUGGAAAUGGUUUAUCAUAUUAUCCUAUUGUUUACUGUCGCUUUGGGGUCUUUAUAAAGCUCUAACGGCAAGUUCCCCUUGGCAACGUCGCCUUUGCUUCGCUCUGCCCUUCACUAUGCGUUCAAUAUUGACACUAUUUCGAACUAUGGAUGUAUGGGUAGGAGGAAGCCGGAUAGCACUUUCUCACGUUUACCUCCAGGAUGGUGUAUCUAUAUUGGGUGGUGCUAUAGGCGCUUUGCGUAUACCGGAGAAGUGGUUUCCUGGCGUUGUGGAUUUCUAUUUAAAUUCCCAUAAUAUUAUGCAUGUGCUGGUGGUAGUUGCGGUGUACUCAAUGCAUAAAGCAACAGUAAAAGACUUUGAAUGGAUGUCGGCAACGAAUUGCAAUGCUCCUGCAAAUAACACCGCCAUACUAAUGGGUACUUUUACCUCAAAUGUGGAACUAUGACCUCUUAAAUACCACAUAUUAUACAGAUAUUUGUUUCAGUACAACUAUAAAUAUACUAACAUAAAAAGGCUCUGAAUACGCAA